AUGGCACAGUCUGUUGAUCAACUAGAUGAUGAUGGAGAAGGUAUUGACUCUUGUACUCUGGUAAUUUUACAAGUAAAGACGAUGCGUGUCUGUUCGGCGAUUCUUGCUGCAAAGAGUCCUUUCUUUCUCAAGCUUUUCUCAAAUGGCAUGAAAGAAUCUUGCCAGAGACAUGCAAUGAUUAGAAUUGCUGAUUCAGAGGAAAAGGCCUUCAAGGAGCUUUUACACUUUAUGUAUAGUGGAAAGCUGGCACCAGUAAUUGAGCCCACUCUUUUGGUUGACAUCUUGAUGGCUGCUGACAAAUUUGAGGUCGUUUCUUGCAUGGAGCAUUGCUGUCAGUGUUUGUCACGCCUGCCUAUGACCCCAAAAUCGGCAGUGAGGUUUCAAGAUGAACUCAUGAGGGUCCCUCUUGCUGGGAUCCAGGCCAUCUUAUCAAGCAAUCGCCCUCGGACUGCAUCUGAAGAAUCCAUCUAUGACUUUGUGCUCAGGUGGGCACGUUCACAGUACCCAAAUUCAGAGGAAAGGGACAAGAUUUUGAGUUCAAGGUUACUUCCAUUAGUGCCACUCAGUAUGACCGAUGCCAUUCGAAUUGAUCAUCCGUCUAACAUAAUUAACUUCACUAUAAACCGUGAUCUGUGCAACAAUCUCUUCCCAUUAGGAACGGUGCGUUCAGUGCCGUUCAAUUGCGAAGGGCUUGCCUUCUUCAUCUCGGCAUGCUGCUGUAAGGAGAAGGAGCAGUUGCAGUUUUUUAACCUCUCAAUAAAUAUGAUAGAAGGCAAAGGGGCGACAUGGGGGCCUAUAGAUUAUAAGAUUGAGGUAAUGACAAGACGUUCGCUGGAGUUUGUCACCAAACACAGGCACACCACUCCCCCCAAUACUAGGCAAACUGUUGGAUGCAAGGUUCCUUGGUCGGAGUUAAUGGCUGACGACAGCACCUUUUUCAUCGACGGCAAACUCCAUGUGCGAGUUCAUGUGAAGAUAUCACAGCAGGCGUAGUAACGCGUGCAUUAGCUGCUAGCUUUUUGUGUGCCGCGCUCAAGUCCCUUUUUGUUUUUGCUGAGCGAGGAGCAGCCCCUGUCAUUCUGAAGUACGAAGAAACCUGAACCUGGGUGCUAUAGUUAUUUGUUACAGUAGUAUUUUGCGCUGCUCCCUUUUGGUGACUAGAGUUAAUGUUGCAUGUAAAUAUCUAGAGUUUGAUGCCGGAGUAUUGCUGAGGAUCUCUUUGAUAGUUUGAUUCGAGGGACUGCUAUCCUUAUGAUCUAUGUUAUGCUAUUAUCAAUAUGUAAUCCUUGUAAUCUGAUUUAUGUUAUAACUUGCGUGCUCUCUGGCUAUAUGGACUUUGGCAUCAUGUGCUGCUGUAUAGGUCAAUCUUCACAAAACCCUGUUGCUUUGCGGAUGAAGAAAAGUUCAGUGAAUGUCUAGUUCCUUUUCCUGAAUGUUAUUGUUGCCAGUAGGCUGAGACUUGUUUUAAACCAUGGCAGGAAUCAGCUUCAAGAUUCAUGUUUUUCAGUUGCCGCUCACCUUUUAGUAUCUCAGUAGAUGGCUAAAAUUGUAACAGACAGAAAAAAUACUGAGUUUGUGUUUCCAGACACCCUCUAAUGCAAAUUACUCUGGCAUGUUGAUCUAACAACGUACAUUCUGAAUAUGAUCAUGCAAUCAUUCUGAAAAUGAUGAUCACUAUGUGACUGUCACAUCCAAGAUUUGAAUAUGUAUCAGGCAAGCACAUUUUCCAACUUGCAAAUAUGGAGGAGGCGAAUCAUCGACAUGAAAAAUGCCAUUCUCACCACUCAUUGAUAGUACUACUUUUUAAGAAUCAACCGGGGUGAGGUGAUCCGUACCUAAAUUAUACUCCAUCCAAAUGGUUACGAGAACUGAACCGAUUGUACACUACAUAGGCAUGCUUGGGCACAUGGAGAGGUAUUGCCGCCCUUAGACCAAUGAGUUUAUAACGUAGUAUCAGAAAUAAUGUUCUCACCUCGCAAAA